AUGACGUCAGAAAAAGUCGAUACGCGUUUAUUAAGGAAGUUUAUAAUCGUAGGGAAAAUUUUGGGAGUUUUUCCAGUGAAAUUACCCGGCGAGUUCGCCGUAAAAUCUUUGUAUACAUUGUACAUGUUAUUUGUAAAUACUGUGACAUUUGGGAUAUACUUUAAUUCGUUUAGUUACCUAAGGAAAAUGUAUUAUUCAAUGGACCCCAUCGAUUUCGCGUUGGAUACUCUAACAGUUUUAUCAUCGCUUUUAUUCGUUGCAGUUUGCAGGUUGAAAAUUUUAAACGACAGGCAAACAUUCCACUCCCUAACCGAGAGUAUUUCUAAGUUAAAAUACGUGAUUGAUCCGAAGAAAAUCCCUUUGGAUAAACCCGAGGUUGCAUUAUUGACUGCCAGAAUGAUCUUAGGUUACCUGCUACUGCCGCUAUUUUACAUGAAGCAGAGCUUUUUCGACGUCGACGAAAAGCGAACAGCUUUUUUCAUUCGAGCUUCACCACACAUCGCCGCCAUGAUACAUCAAUUGGCGGUUUUUCAAGUCGCCAAUUGGAUCAAUGUCGUUCUCAAAUACAGAUUUAGGUACUUGAGAGUGCGCCUGACUUCGUUAGAAAACCUCCAAAGGGUAGAUCUAAAAGAAGUGCUGAUGGUUUAUAAAAGAUUAUCGAAAAUCGCCGCUUACACCAACAGUUUGUUCGGUUGGCACAUUUUUCUGGCGUUUUGUUGCUCCGUAGUGGCCACCCUGAAUUGCAUUAAUUUCUUUAUGUACGGAGAACGUGAGGUAUUCGCGAUACUACCUUAUGCGGUAAACGCUGUAAUAUACACAGUUUCUGCGUUCAAAACGACAUCGUAUUGCGUGGAUGUACAAGAAGAAUCGAAUCGCAUCAUCCAAUUCUGCUAUUCGUAUCAGAAGAAUCUUCGAAGUACUUCGUUAGAAGAGUGUUUGAAGCGAUUUGCGAAAGUGUGCCUUCGAAUUAAACCCGAUUAUUCGGCUGCGGGAUUCUUCAAAAUGGAGAGGAGACUCCAGGCGACGACUUUCUCGGUUUUGGUGUCUUAUUUGAUUGUUAUAGCGCAAUUUCAUUUAUCCGCCAACGAUGGUAGAAGCUCAGAAUGA